AUGGCGUCUCCCGCCCCGAUGCUGCGACCGCCGAAGAAGGGCCCACGGCUAGGCCUGUCGAUUCCCGCUUCCCCCAGCCAGCGUCCCGUCAGCAACAAUGCCGCACCGCCCGUGCCCGAGCACAGCGUUGCCCUCCCUCCCCUCGCCAUGCAACCCCGCCAGCUCCCCAAACUCAGCCUCGCUACACCCAUGGGCUCGACGCAAACACCACAAGAGAACCAGCAGGCCAGACGGAGAGGGCCGCCGUUGACUCUGACGGGCGUCCAGGUGUCGAGCAAUAGUGACGACUCUGCUCACAGCAGGACGAACAGUUUCGGCACAAGUAACAAUGGCUCCAUCUCCACCUCCUCGGACAUGUCGAGCGUGCUCAACUUUGAGAGUAUAAUACGAGGGGGCGGGCAUGAGCCGGGCUCUGCCGACAGCUCUGGACAAUCGAGCGGCGAGCCCAUGGCGAGGGAGAAUAGCAUGCAGGGUUUGGAUGUUGAUCUGGAGAAGCUGAGUCUGGAGAGGGGCAGAGCGCUGGAUGUACAGGAUUUGGAUGAUAAUGGAUGGAAGGCGGCGAAGAGAGAAGGGAAAAUCCUCGAGCUGGGCAGUCUGGGAGAGGGAUCAGGUGGUGCAGUCACAAAGUGCAAAUUGGAGGGCGGCAAGACCGUGUUCGCCUUGAAGAUCAUCACCACCGACCCCGACCCGGACGUCAAGAAGCAAAUCGUUCGCGAGCUCUCCUUCAACAAAUCCUGCGCCAGCGAGCACAUUUGCGAAUACUACGGCGCCUUUAUGGACGACCAAGCCGGCACCAUCGGCAUCAGCAUGGAAUUCUGCGAAGGCGGCUCCCUCGACUCCGUCUACCGCGAAGUCAAAGCGCAAGGCGGGCGUACGGGCGAGAAGGUGCUAGGCAAAAUCGCCGAGGGCGUGCUCAACGGCCUCACGUACUUGCACAGCCACCGCAUCAUCCACCGCGACAUCAAGCCCAGCAACAUCCUGCUCACGCGCAAGGGCAAAGUCAAGCUGUGCGAUUUCGGUGUGAGUGGGGAGUUUGGGACGAAAGGCGACGCGAAUACUUUCAUCGGCACGUCGUACUAUAUGGCGCCCGAGCGCAUCACGGGCCAGUCGUACAACAUCACGUCGGAUGUGUGGUCGCUGGGCGUGACGAUGUUGGAGGUGGCGCAGCAUCGCUUCCCCUUUCCCGCCGACGGCACGGAGAUGAACCCGCGCGCCGGCCUGAUCGAUUUGCUCACGUAUAUUGUUCGCCAGCCGCUGCCGAAGUUAAAGGACGAGCCGGACACGGGGGUGAAGUGGAGUGAACAGUUCAAGUACUUUGUCGAGUGCUGUUUGGAGAAGGACCCGGCCCGUCGCGCGACUCCGUGGCGUAUGCUGGAGCACCCUUGGAUGGAGGAGAUGAAGAGGAAAAAGGUCGAUAUCGAGAGAUUUCUUCGCACCGUUUGGGACUGGAAGGAUUGA